UUGUUGAAAAUAUACCACGCUCUUCAGGAUGGACUUGUGUUCUGCUGGGUCAGCUGACUUGAGUAAGGCUGAAGAGGCUGAAAUAGAGACAAUCAGGCAGCACAGACAGGAGCUUUUGGAGGACAUUAAGAAGCUGAAGGAAGAGAUUGCUGCAGUGUUCGCAGAGAUUGAGUGCUUCCAAAAUGCAGAGGAGAGGCAAGAGGCAGACAAUAAACCUGGGGGGCAGACCAGCAAACUGUCACAGAGGGAUAAACUUCUGUCCCUGGGCCGGAAGAAAUUCAACAUGGACCCUCCAAAGGGGAUCCAGUACCUGAUUGAGCACCAGGUAUUGUCCUCAGACCUGCAGGAGAUCGCCAAAUUCCUCCAUAAGGGUGAAGGCCUGAACAAGACAGCCAUUGGGGAUUACCUGGGUGGGAGGGACCCCACAAACAUUCAGAUCCUCCAGGCUUUUGUGGCAUGUCACCAGUUUGCCAACCUCAACCUGGUGCAGGCACUGAGACAGUUCUUAUGGAGCUUCCGGCUGCCGGGGGAGGCGCAGAAGAUUGACCGGAUGAUGGAGGCCUUUGCCAACUGGUACUGCAAGUGUAACCCAGGAGUAUUCCAGUCCACAGACACCUGUUAUAUACUCUCCUUCUCUAUCAUCAUGCUUAACACCAGCCUGCACAAUCCCAAUGUGAAGGACAAACCCCCUUUUGAAAGGUUUGUGUCCAUCAACAGGGGCAUUGACAAUGGAGGAGACCUGCCGGAGGAGCUCUUAAAGAAUCUGUUUGAGAGCAUAAAGAACGAGCCAUUCUCCAUACCAGAGGACGAUGGGAAUGACCUCACACAUACCUUCUUCAAUCCUAACCGAGAGGGCUGGCUCCUGAAACUAGGAGGGCGUGUGAAAACAUGGAAACGACGUUGGUUCAUUCUGACCGAUAACUGCCUGUACUACUUUGAAUAUACCACGGACAAAGAGCCUCUGGGCAUUAUCCCUCUGGAGAAUCUCUCAGUCCGGAAGGUGGAUGAUCCCAAAAAGCCAAACUGCUUUGAGCUCUUCAUUCCUAACUGCAAAGGGCAGAAGAUCAAAGCUUGCAAAACAGAUGGGGAUGGGAAGGUGGUGGAAGGCAAGCAUCAGUCCUACAAGAUCUCAGCAGCCACACCAACAGAACGUGAUGAGUGGAUUGAGGCAAUCCGGACCAGCAUCACACAGGAUCCUUUCUAUGAUCUGGUGUCUGCCCGUAAGAAAAAGAUUGCCAGCAAAAACUGAGCCCUGACCUUGUCACUGGCAUCAGUAAGAUGUAGUUGUGGGACAGCUUCCCUCUAAUGCUAGGCUCUUCCAGCGAAGAAAUUUGGGAGCAUUGGUUCCCUCUGCCUCCCACUUGGCAGGAAGAUGACUGGCAGGACACCUUGUCAGGUUUGCUUCUUC